GACUCUUGCUAGUUUUGUCAACGCGUUCUUCCAAAGAUGCGAUAUUUGGAGAUCUCUGGAUUGAAAUCUGAUGGCGAUUUGCAGCCAGAGGGCAGAGACUUGAAAAAUGACAUUCCCCUAAAGAGAGUAGGAGCCACUGGUAUUAUUAAUAGGGAUGACACAGAGGGCUACUACGAAGAAACAGCAGCAUUUCUCAUGACCAACUCAGAACCUUUCGAGGUUGAACAAUCUGCAGUUCCUGAUCAGGAACCCUCCAAAAGAACAGGGACAGUAUGGACUGCAACAGCACAUGUAAUAACAGGUGUGAUAGGGGCAGGUGUCUUGUCACUUGCAUGGAGCACUGCCCAGCUAGGCUGGAUUGCAGGUCCAUUGUCCAUGAUAUUCUUUGCACUCAUCACCCUUUUUUCCACUCUCAUCCUCUGCGAGUGCUACUUGACUCCUGAUCCCGAGAAGGGUCCAAUUAGGCACCCUUCCCUCACCGGAGCGGUCAAAUUCUUCUUGGGAGAGAAGAGACAGAAGAUAUGUGCACUUUUUGUGCUGGAGAGCCUAUAUGGCACCGCUGUUGCAUAUACCAUUACGGUAACCCAAAGUGUUAGUGCAAUAAAGAAAUCCAACUGUUAUCACAAAGAAGGGCACGAUAGUAGUUGUGGACGUAUCAAUACUAAUAUGCUUAUGCUAAUCUUUGGGGCUGUUCAGAUUGUGGUGUCUCAGAUACCAGAUUUCCAUAACAUGGCAUGGCUGUCUGUUGUUGCUGCUGUUAUGUCCUUCACCUAUGCUUUCAUUGGAAUGGCACUUGGCCUGGCAAAAGUCAUUGGAAAUGGAAUGGUCAAGGGCAGCAUUUCUGGAGUUUCAGCAAACAGCGGAGCAGAAAAGUCAUGGUUAGUGUUUCAGGGAAUUGCGGACAUAGCUUUUGCCUAUCCCUAUUCAGUUAUUCUUCUGGAGAUACAGGACACCUUGAAGUCACCUCCAUCUGAAGACCAGACAAUGAAAAAGGCCUCCAGGAUUUCAAUCGUCACCACCACCAUCUUUUACCUGUGCUGUGGAUGCUUUGGAUAUGCAGCCUUUGGAGACAAAACCCCAGGAAACCUCUUGACUGGAUUUGGCUUCUAUGAACCUUAUUGGCUUGUCGACUUCGCCAAUGCUUGCAUUAUACUGCACCUCGUCGGGGGAUAUCAGAUAUACAGCCAAGUAAUCUUUGCAAUGGUGGAAAGAUGGUUUGCUGCGAAGUACCCAGAUAGCACACUAGGAAGGAAUUUAGAGCUGAAGCUCCCUCUAUGUUCCAGAUUGGAGUUUAAUAUAUUUAGGCUUGUUUUCAGAACAGCAUAUGUGGUUUCUGUAACUGGAAUUGCAAUGCUAUUCCCUUACUUCAACCAAGUACUGGGGGUGUUGGGGGCCUUGAACUUUUGGUCUCUGGGCAUAUACUUCCCCGUGGAAAUAUACAUGGUGCAGAAAAGCAUUGGCGCUUGGACAAGAAAAUGGGUUCUUCUUGAGGCUUUUAGCCUCGUUUGCUUGGUUAUUUCAGUAAUGGGCUUAAUCGGCUCAGUUGAAGGACUGAUAAGGGCGAAGUUUAGAUGAGAAAAGUUUACACCGAAGUACUGGUGCAUAGUUGCAGAAAACAUGCCAUUUUUAUCUGUUUCUUUUUUUCUUUUUCUUUUUUUUUAAAGAUUUUCCCAAUCUUUAAAUAUUCUUUAUUCAUAUUAAUCUUAAGUAGCAGGCACAGAGAAGGGUAGAUUAUCUGACAAAGAAAAUCAACAAUGAUAAUAUUAUUAUUAGUUAGCUGUGUCAUUCAUUAUUACAACGAGUGAUCAAAUGCACACUCGAUGUCUGAUGUGUGUCCGAUCAAUAAAAUUUAUUGACUAAGUUGAGAAGA